GGCUUCAAGGGCUACAAGGCAGCAGCAGCAGCAGCGCAGCAGUCUAGAGUUCUCCCGUUCAAAUUUUGUCAGACGAGAAGCAUGUAAAACGUUGCACGUUUUGUCAGUUACUGGGCACGCAAAUUGUCUUAAAUUAACGAGACAUAUAUAACAAGUGUACCGAUUAUCUGCUAUCGUAACCAGGAACUUAUAUCAACAAUAUUCAAGUUCUGUCUAGUGCCGAAAGCGAACAACCAACAUUGCAUACAAAGUUGUGUGUGGUCCUACCGGUGUUUGCAUAGUAGAGGAAAUAUGGGGGUUCUUAUGAAUGCGUCACGGAACAGCAGGUUAUUAGCGUUUGUUCAGAAGCAGAGCAACAAGAUCUGUUUUGUCAGCUAUCUCGCUGGACUCGUGUUCUUUGGUGUCUUGGCGUGGGACGAAUGCAAUAACAAGACAUAUUUCUCUGAGAAUGCCUUGUUGCCUGGACUUGUGCACCGGAAUUUUCAUUUGGGUGCUGUCGCGGAUCAUUUACUUGAAAGCCUCAAGGAAGAAGCCAAAGAUCACAUGAGCCUUCCAAUGGCUUGGCUUCAAGGACAGUUCUUUCAGCUUGGACUAGAUGUCUAUACGCAUAACUUUAGUCUGCAUUACCCUUUAGGAUCAAAACCAGUUCAUACUGGAGAGAAUAUGUACGCCAUUUUGAGAGCACCACGUGCUGCAAGCACAGAAGCUGUGGUGCUUUCCAUUCCGUACCGUACUGAGGACAGCCUGUACGGAAGCACUUUGCCUGGUAUUGCUCUCAUGGUGGCAGUGGCAAAAUACUUCAGAGGUCUCAGCUACUGGGCAAAAGAUAUAAUUUUUCUUGUGACUGAACAUGAACUGGUAGGAUUUCAGGCUUGGCUGGACGCGUAUCACAAUGUGCAGUCUUCUCCUGGUGUGAUAGACCCAGGUGUGUUGCCAGCACGCAGCGGUGCCAUUCAGGCUGCAAUCAACCUAGAGUUGCACAGUGACAGAAUCAAGAGAGCUGAGUUAAAGGUGUUGGGACUUAAUGGUCAACUUCCCAACCUUGACUUAUUCAAUCUGGUCGCAGAACUUUGCCUCAGAGAAUCGGUGCACACAACUUUCCAUGACCAGAUAACCCUCUAUGACUCACAUACAGUCAAAGCCUGGAAGCACCCUUUCUACACAAUGCUUUCCAUGAUGACAGUACAGGCUACAGGUCUACCAAAUGGUGGACAUGGACUUUUUCAUCGCUAUGCUAUUCAAUCUCUUACAAUUGAAGGUCACACUACAGGGGCUGCUUCAACACAUGUUGGCUUCAAUGAAGUUGGGAGAGUACUAGAAGGAGUUUUCUGCAGCUUGAACAACCUCUUGGAGAGGUUUCACCAGUCAUUCUUUUUCUACCUGCUCCCUUCAACUCGGCGUUAUGUUUCGAUUGGCCUCUACAGCCCUGCUUUUGCCCUGAUUGCGUUUCCUGCACUUGUAAAGGCUGCUGUAAUUUUCUUGGCUCUUGAUAGUGCCUCAGAAAGUGGCAACAAAUCAGACAAGCAGGAAUUAUCACCUUGGUCUGCAUUGCCAUUUCUGGUAUUCACACACAGUAUUGGUGUUCUGCUGCUGGUGGCACCGCCUUAUCUUGACCAGUUGGGCCGCUAUUUCCAAUUUUCUAGCCAGGAAUCCCUGUAUUAUGGUUAUCUUACCUGUUUCCUAUUGACAUUGCUUCUGCCUUUAUUCCGUGGAAGGAACAACUGUGACAGAAGGCCCCAGAGGUGCACUAUGUUGCUCAUUUUUGGUACAGUGGUCUUCUCUUUAGCACUUGUCAACAUAUCAAUGGCCACUGCGGUUGCCACGCUUUCCGUUCCUGUACUUGUGUCAGCUGGGACAGCAAAGAACUGGCUGCUGUCAUUGAUGCAUCGACUUCUGCUGCUGCUGAUUCACCCAUUUGUACUGAGCUUUCUUCUAAUCUUUUUGCAAGCUAUGGAUUUAGACUCUUGGGAUACCCGUUUUAUACAGAACAACCUAGGCCAUGCUUUUCUAGGUCACAAAAAGACAAUCAUGUUCAGUGUGGAAGACUGGUAUUUGUUUGGGAACUGGACUUUUCCUAUUUGCACUCUCUUUUUUCUCCCCAUAUGGACACAAACAUGGUUGCUCUGAGUGAAGUGGCUUUCAGUUUCCAUUUUUUGUGUAUUGGAUGCAGUGGAACACUCUGCAUUGUCAUUAGUGGCAGUAGCACUUAAUGUAUAAUAGAAUUCUGUUUUGUAAAAGUGCUGCUCGACAAGCAACACUUGUUCACUUCAGAAUGCAAAAUGCUUUCUCACUGGAACUUUUGUUAAAGUGCAUAUUGUGGUGCAUCUGUGUUGCCAUGACAAUGAAUUUUUUUUUUACAUUUGGAAAUGUUUUCGCUCUGCCUUUCCUACUUACCAGUUUUGAAAUUCAAAUGUGCUUGUGCAGUGAUUUAUUGUGCUGCCAAAUGCUUCAGAGUGUCUGUGCUAAAAGUAGGUAUUGUCAAAGCAUUUGUGCAGAUGCGAUUAUAGAGGCGCGCAUGGAAGUUUCAGUCAUGAAGAUGUGUGGCUGGCUGGUAUCUACAGUUUAGACGAGCUAUAUUGGUUGGAUGCACUGCCGUGACUUAGCUUGCUCACUAGUCGCACAGGUGUGAGCUUAACCUUGAUCAUAGUGUUGUACUGCUCUCAUUAUCUUUGUACUCUUACCAGCCUGAGAUGAAUAAUCACUCGUGGAGUGGUAGUGCAGCUUCUAUGCGGCACAUAGAGGGACUGAAAGCGAUUUUUAAAAUCAAGCACUAAUUUUGCUCUGCGAACAAUAGUAUUGAAAAUAGACCAAAAGUAUAAAAGGAAAGAUUAGUUAAGAAUAUGCCACUGGUGUUUGGUACCUUGUAAAUGCAAACAGCUAGAGGAUGGACGACAGAUAAAUGGUAAAAAAAAAAAAAAAAAAGUGACCCAUACUGGGUGAUUCAAUGGUGGUGGUGAUGCACCGUAUUGCCACUUCCAUUUUUUUGCUGGAAUGUGAUGAUGAAAAUGUCACGUCGGUGUGACAGGAGCACUGUUUGUGUACUCGCUCCUCCUCCCCUCUGCAGGAAUAAAUAGAUGUGUACA